CAGUUAGUAAUCCAGUCUGUUUGCGGUGUUUGCUCCGUUUGUCCGGUUUGAUAGGUGGUCUGUGCAUGCCAAGCUCCUCCGGCGCGCAGCUAGGCCCGAUGCGGCUAGCCCCUCCCGUGCCGUUCAUUCUGUUUAUACUUCCAUCGUCGUCUUCUGCCCCGAACCUCCCUCCAGCGUCCCCUUAACCCGUCAUGCGUCUGUCCCGAUGCUUGCUGGCGGAGCUGCGAUCCCGACCCAAACCUUCAUGCAGCUAUGAAUACAAGCACCCCUGGCUGCGCGGGCUCAAAAUGGCCCAAUUGACCGAGAUCGCUCAAGCAACCGGCAUCCGGUCUGCUGGUCCGAAGGACCCUCUCUCCGAGCGACUAGAUCAGGAAUUGCAAACGUGGGAGCAUGCAUCCGCCGGAGUCGCGGAGCAUGGUCGCAGCGGCCUGCCUCGGGGUCCCCAGCUCACUUCCACGGACUUUGCCCGAGGGAUGAGCAUCCUCAGCAUCGAUAUGGGAAUCAAGAACCUGGCCUAUACGCACCUGAUCGUGCCGGGGAAGGACCGCCAGCGCGAAGGCACAAAUCCGCUUCCCAUCCUGAAUGCCUGGCGCCGGAUCGAUGUGUCGCGGCUCCCAGAUGAGUCCCAGCUCUCGUCGGCGGACGCCCUGAGCACGCCCACCUUCCUCGACCACAUCUUCUCGCCCCUCACCAGCACCGUCGCUGCGGAAGAUGAGGAAAUCGACAGCCCAAUCCUCAUCCAAGAUGACGAAUUCUGGCCCCUCGCCCUCGCGCCCCGCGCGUACACCCUUGUCUCGGCGCUCCUCGAGGCCUACAAGCCCACGCAUGUGCUGCUCGAGCGUCAGCGCUUCCGCACCAACCGCGCCACCUCCGUCUUCGAGUGGACGCUCCGCGUCGGGGUCUUCGAGGGCAUGCUCUACUCGACUUUUUUGGCCCUCGCCAGGGAACGGGGCGGGUCGCCUCCGCUGGUGGUGCCGAUUGAACCGCCGCGGGUGGCGAGGUAUUUGGCGCAGAAAACCCAGUCGAGUAAGGUGGAGAAGAAAUCGAAGGACGGCAAAGUGAAGAAACUCAACACUCGAGAAACAAAGAAGAUGAAGAUCGACCUGGUGGGCUCAUGGCUGGCCUCCUCCACACGGCCUUCUUCUCACCAUUCGCCUAAGCUCGAGAUCGGGCGCGACGAGCUCCUGCACCGCUGGAUCGACGUGUAUCUCAGCAAAUGGUCCGGUUCCGGCAAGGGUUCUCGGCGCCGAGGUGGGUCUAAGAAAGACACGGGCAAGGGACAAGAUGCGGUAUGGCACGGGGUGCCGAAAUUGGAUGAUCUAGCGGAUUGUCUGGUCCAGGGGGUCACCUGGCUGGAUUGGAUGAGGAUGAGGGAUCGCCUGGCGCGCGAGGGUUCUAGCGUGGUGGCGCCCAACAAAACGUCGAAGAAGAGCGGAUGA